GUCAUGCUCAUUCCGAACUUGGCCAUCCACCUGCAGAGCGCCGACGAGCGAAAGGCAUUCAACAUCAAUACUGAGACGCACCUGCAACCAGUGCUCUGCUCCUCCUUCUUUGACGAGGAGGAGGCGAAGGAAGAAGACAGCAAGGACAAGAAGGACGAGAAGAAGGAUGAGAAGAAGAAAGAGGAAGACAGCCAACUGUCGAGACAUCACCUGGCACUUCUGAAGUUGCUGGCGCAGGAGCUCAGUUGCGAGCCUGCGGAUAUCGUGGAUGCCGACCUCUGCCUCAUGGACGCGCAGCCGUCGAACCUCGUGGGACUCUACAAGGAGUUUAUCUCCUCACCUCGGAUUGACAACCAACUGUCGACCUGGGGCGCCAUCCAGGGCCUCUGCGACUAUGCCGAGAAAGAGGCCAUUGCAGAGGCCAAGGACAUUUGCGUUGCCGUCUCCUUCGACCAUGAAGAGGUUGGGAGCCAGUCUUUCACCGGUGCAGACGGCGAGACUCUGCCUGCGUGGCUGGAGCGCGUUAUGGCUGGGUUGGACGUAGAGCCUGUCGCCCGGCCGGAGCUUUACGCCAGGAGCUAUCUCAUAUCUGCCGACUGUGCCCAUGGCGUUCAUCCGAACUACAUGGCCAAGCACCAGGCAGAACACCGCCCCAGCUUUCACAAAGGCAUUGUGAUCAAGACGAACGCGAACCAGAGGUAUGCCACGACCCCUUUGACGGCCGCGGUCUUCCGGGAGGUUUGCAAGCGUGCCAGCGUGCCAGUCCAGGACUUUGUCGUGCGGAAUGACUCGCCAUGUGGCAGCACGAUUGGCCCGAUCAUCUCCUCGAAGAUUGGCGUCCGAACCAUCGACGUCGGCAUUCCGCAGUGGGCCAUGCACUCUUGCCGGGAGUCCUGCGCUUCGAGCGAUGCAAAACACAUGCUCGACCUUUGCAAGGCCUUCUACACGCACUUCAGAGAAAUCGACAGCGCCGCUGCGAAGCUGUGA